AAAGAAACUCCUGGAAAAAAAGUUUAAUUUUAUUAAAAUGGCGGCGUACAUGGACGGAUGAAGGAAAGCAAAUUCUACGGGAAAUCGAGCCUAGAAAAAAGGCCAGAAUUGAUUAGGAGAAGAAACUUGAGGUUCACCCUCAAGUUGAGUGAUGGAAGAAUCUGCAAAGUGUAAUGACUUGUUGAUUGAUGAGGACACAGCUAGAUCAUGGGAAAGUGAACAGAGAAAACUAAAGCAGAAGCUUAUUGAAGAUGACACAGAGGGUUGGCAGUCUGGUGGACCUCCUUUCACUGAUCUUCAUUACAUUGGAGGAGUGGAUAUAUCCUUUGUGAAAACCAGUACCAGUCUUGCCUGUGUCUCUCUCAUUAUAUGCAAGUUUCCAGACCUUGAGGUAGUGUAUGAAGACUGUCGGACUAUUCACAUGACCCAGCCAUACAUCUCUGGCUUCCUAGCAUUCAGAGAAGUACCUUUCUUCUUGGAAUGCCUUGACAGGUUACGCAGCAACAAACCUGACCUUGUCCCUCAGAUCAUUUUUGUGGAUGGUAAUGGCAUCUUUCAUCAAAGAGGAUUUGGUACAGCGUGUCAUCUUGGUGUGUUGUCGGGGAUUCCUACAGUAGGAAUAGCAAAGAAAUUGAGUCACAUAGACAACAUCCAGAAAGAUGAUGAACAUGCACGUAAGGUUUCUUUAUUGCAAGGAGGAGAGUCCUUUGAUCUGAUCGGUGAAUCUGGUAAAAUAUGGGGCAAGGCCCUGCGUAGUUGCGAGAAAACCAUCAACCCCAUAUUCGUAUCUGUAGGCCAUCGCAUAUCGUUGGAGACGGCUACUGUCUUGGUACGAACAUGCUGCCAGUAUCGCAUUCCUGAACCAGUUAGACAAGCCGAUAUUCGCUCAAGAGAAUAUCUUCGACAGACAUUCCCUGAACAUUAUCCCGCUUCUAGUUCUGGAGGUAAGAAAUCAUCUCAGAGGCAUCGUAAUGAAGACCCUGGCAGUUCAUCUAAGCAUGCCUUAAAUCAGCAGAAAAUAGAAUGCAAUCACCUCGAUGAUGAUGAUGUAGAACUAAGGAAAGAAGAUAAUGAUUUAAAGAGUGUGAACUUAGGGGUAGAUGGAGACAGAAGGUCUGCUAUUGGCUGCGCUUGUAGCUGAUAUUUCCUCUUGACAGUUAAUUUGAAAUAUUGAUGAACUUAACCUUUUUAGGGUCAUAAUCUCCCUUGUUUUAUAUCUGAAUUAAUAUUUUUAUACUUGUAUAGGGGAGAUGAAGCUUUGUAUAUUUGAUAAAUAUAUUUUUGUACAAGUUUGCUAUGUUGAAAUUGUGUCUGUGUUUGUAAUUCUCCUUGACAAUUUCACUUAAAUCAAUAUCUUUGUCUUUCAUUUUAGUGUUGGCAACUCAACAAACUUUUCUUGAAAAACAAUGUAAUCUUAUAAUUAGAAUUUCUAUUGAAUUGAACUAUUCAAUGCUAGUGUCAUGGGUAUGGUGUAGUGUAGCAGUUAAGUCAUUUAAAGGACAAGUUUGCCCCAGAAAAAUGCUGAUUUGAAUAAAUA